UCUGUGAGGAGGAGGUUCAGGAGGGCAGGGCAGGCUCCGGCUGUUGUGCUUCCUACGCACAGAUUGCAGCUCAUGCAUAAUUCAGGACAGAAGAAAAAAAAGUUUCUGCCCAGAGACGCCUCUCCCUGUCCCUUCCUGAGAGCUGCUAGCUUCUUGACUCUGUUUAAGGCGUCCAGAAGGCGCUCAGAGCCUGUGGACCAGGGAUCUCAGACACCCCACGCAAGCAGGCUUUUUAUUGGACAUUCAUUGCCCCUGGGAGCUGAUCCAGGUCCGGGAGAGAAGACCUUUCCCUGGCUGACGUCACAAUGCACUUCAUUGGAACUUUCAGCCUAUCAACGUUCUAAUUGUUCUAGAAGACUGAUUGUUAUUAUUAGGCUCCUCAAGCAACUUUUCCCAAGUUUCCUAUUGAUUAUUUAUUAGGUUCGUUGCGCAAUCCACGCUUCCUUGGGCUCCUGUGUUGACAUCAGGAGGUCUGAGCUGGUUUAGACACAGUCUGCUGCUGUGUUUCUGCUUGGGAAAAUGAACUCCAAUCAAGGCACAGAUCUUCCUCCACCAGGGCAUCAGUUCAUCCAUGUCACCCAGGAUCUGGACACCGAUUUGGAAGCUCUCUUUAAUUCGGUGAUGAACCCAAAGCCCAGUUCCUGGAGAAAGAAGAUUCUUCCUGAGUCCUUCUUCAUGGAACCCGAUUCUGGAUCCCAUUCUAGACAGUCCAGCACCGAUUCGGGAAGUCACCCCCCAAGGCUGGGAAUCCAGCAUUUCCGAUCUCAGUCAUCCCCUGCUUCAUUUCAACUGGGAGUAAGUACCGGGUCUGCCCCGAGUCCGGCUCAGCAGCAUGCUCACCUCCGCCAGCAAUCGUAUGAUGUGACAGAUGAGCUGCCCCUGCCACCCGGCUGGGAGAUGGCAUACACCCACACUGGGCAGAGAUACUUCUUGAACCAUAUGGAAAAAAUCACUACAUGGCAAGAUCCCAGGAAAACAAUGACCCAACCAAUGGCUCACCUAAACCACCAUCCAGUUACCACAUCCACACCAAUGAGCCAAAGAUCACUGGCAAUGUCUCAACCAAACCUGGUGAUGAAUCAUCAGCAUCAACAGCAACAGAUGACUCCCAGCCCAGCCAUAUCCCAACAGACUCACCCCAGCCAGAACCAUCAAGCAGGCCUGAUCAGCUUACCCAACGCCAUUACUACCCAACAGCAACAGCAGCAAAAACUCAGACUCCAGAGAAUCCAGAUGGAGAGAGAACGGAUCCGAAUGCGCCAGGAAGAAUUGUUGCGACAGGAAGCUGCAUUAUGCCGACAACUUCCUGUGGACUCUGAAAACAUGGCUCCUGUUCAGACCUCAGUGAGCCCACCUGCCAUGCCUCAGGAAAUCCGAUCUAUAACAAACAAUGGAUCUGACCCUUUCCUCAACAGUGGGCCAUAUCACUCCAGAGAACAAAGCACGGACAGCGGACUAGGUCUGGGGUGUUACAGCAUACCGACAACACCUGAAGAUUUCCUAAAUAAUAUGGAAGAAAUGGAAACAGGCGAGAUUUUGGUCCAGCCAACUUUGAAUAUGAACCAACAAACACGUUUUCCAGAUUUUCUCGAUGCUCUGCCAGGAACAAACGUCGACUUGGGAACCCUAGAGUCUGAAGAUUUGAUUCCUAGUCUCAAUGACGUGGAGUGCGUGCUGAACAAAAAUGACACCUACCUAACCUGGCUGUAGUCUGCUCUCGGGAUGCCUUGUAUUUUUUUCCUUUUUUCUUUUUUUUUUUUCCUUUUU